GCUUGCCUGGGAGGGAUCUGCCGUCAAAGCCACCCAGGAAAGGAGGCCUGAUACGCUCAUUAAUAUUCUGAACUAGUGACCCUUCUUUUUCUUUCCACCCCUCGCCUUUCUCUGGGCGCUCCAGCCUCUCCCCGCCGCGGAUGGCUGCAGCCCCCUCCAGCUGAGUCAGUCCUGCCUCCCCGCAGCAUUGCAGCACCUCCGCAGCUCCUGCGCUCCCUCCUGCUCCUGCAGCACCGCUCCGCUCCCGCCGCAGCAUGGCCAGCACCGUCUCAGCCUACAAGGAGAAAAUGAAGGAGCUGUCUCUGCUCUCCCUCAUCUGCUCCUGUUUCCACACCCAGCCCCAUCCCAACACCAUCUACCAGUAUGGAGAUAUGGAGGUGAAGCAGCUGGAUAAGAGGGCAUCAGGCCAGAGCUUUGAAGUGAUCCUGAAGUCCCCUUCAGAUUUAUCUCCUGAGAGCCCAAUCCUUUCCUCCCCUCCCAAGAAGAAGGACCUGUCUCUGGAGGAGCUGCAGAGGAGGCUGGAGGCUGCAGAAGAGAGGAGGAAGACCCAGGAGGCGCAGGUGCUGAAGCAGCUGGCAGAGAAGCGGGAACACGAGCGGGAGGUGCUGCACAAGGCACUGGAGGAGAACAACAACUUCAGCCGCCUGGCCGAGGAGAAGCUCAACUACAAGAUGGAGCUGAGCAGGGAGAUCCGUGAGGCACAUCUUGCUGCCUUGAGGGAGCGGCUCCGCGAGAAGGAACUGCACGCAGCCGAAGUCCGCAGGAACAAGGAACAGCGGGAGGAGAUCUCUGGAUAAAGGGCUUUUCUACACAUCUAGCACCUGAUUCCUGUUAACAAACCAACCAAUCGACCAACCAACACAUUUUAUUUUGUUUGUCUAGAUGCGAAGUUCGGUUCUCCAUGCCCCCUCCCCGGUGUUUGUCCCCCAGCUACACGCUUCUCUGCAUCCCCAGUCGUCAGUGCUUGUGGGGAUUCACAGAUCAUAGGGACCUCUAAGCAGAAUAGCAACUAGUUCACAUCAAAUAGAGAAACAAUCAAUGAUCAGUCAAUCAAACAGCUUCUUUGGAUGGUGUUGUCAUUUUUUUAAAAGAAAAUAUUUCUUAAACUGAUGUAAAAAAAAAAAAACCAAACCCAAACGAAGAUAUUAAUAAAUUCAACCAGCAGUGUCACAGAGAUACAGAUUUCUUAUCUGGGGCUUUUCCUCCUCUUGGUGUUUGCUCUGAGCCAAAUAUCAGUUUCAGAAAAAUGGGAAGUAAGUGAUCAUUUCUGUAUGUGAAGUAAAAUAAGGAGCAGGCCCCUGUUUGCCCAUGGUAGGAGAGAGGAAGGAGAGGGAUGGAUGGCUCAGGAGUUGCAGUGUGCAGAACCCCAUCUUUUAGCUGCCUCCAGAGCCAGCCCAGGUAGGCAGUGACCACCAUCCUCAUCUUUGAGUGAUUUUUGAGAACUCGUGGAAGCAGCUGAGGGGGCACUGCCUGAUGCCCUGGUUGGCCACUGAGCCUUCUCCCCGGCUGAGUGGGGACUGAGAGGACUUGGCUGCUCUGCCCAGGGGAGCUGUGGGUGGUGAUUGCAUUCCCAGCUCCUUGGGAGCCCUGGGAGAGCCCCUCAGUCCUCUGUGGGCUCCUCAGUGCUCCCACAGUAUAGGAUGCCCCUCUGUUAGGAAAGAAAAUCCAACAGAGACAGUGCAUGGUUGUGAAAUAGCCUUUUAGUGUACAGAAAAAUCCUUCCCUCUUCCCAGUGAUGGAUGUGGCUCUUUGGAGCCACCACAGGGCAGAUUGCUGGAAACCAAAUCCUGAGGCUCUUUUCUGAUCUCCACAGAAUUCCCAGCUGGAUGUGGGAGCGAUCCCUCCACGGCCAUGGCUUGAGAUGUCAGGGGACUCUGCUCCUAAAAGGAAGGGCUACCUUACUCCCAAACCCCUCCUCGUGGGCUGGGGGGAGGACAGGGCUGUUAGAAAGCUCCUGUGCUGUCAGUGACAAAACUAGAUUUAGGGCAAAGAAGGAAACUGAGGGUUGAAUUUCUUAACAGUAGCUAAUGAUCAGUUUAUAGUAGCAGCUGUCUUAGAUAAGCAUCUGUGUAGAGCGCGGCGUCACCGCCAGCAUCACCUCAUCCAUAUAGUGACAAGAAAUUUUAAAAAGUUUAAAAAAAAAUUUAAGAAGUAAUUUAAAUGAAAUGUUUGUGUGUAAGAAAUGGUUGAAACUGUCAAAUGUCUGUGUCCCACGUUGGUGGGAUCUGAGAAGGUAUCUGCGAGAUAUUAACCCUGUCCUACUCUCUGUGGUGCUGAGUGUUUGCUUGGUGUGUAAUUCUGACCUGGAGCUUGUUGUAAAUACUGUUUUUAGUACUAUGAUUAUUAUGAUUAUUAUUAUCAGAAAUGUUGUACUCAUGAGCAAGAGUUGAAAACAAAAGAAAUGGCCAUUUUCACUCUCUCCUGGGGGCUCAGAAGGAGUCAGAGGCUGGGCCAGGUGAAGGCAGGGUGCCAGUGGGAUGCUGGACCAGAGAGCAGCUGGAAAAUGAUGGAAUUGGGAGCUGGAGGCAGCCGAGUCCUGCGGGCAGGGCAGUGAGAGUGGGGACGGCUGCUCCUCAUGCUUGGAGGAGAAGGAAGGGCUGAGAAGAAGAAUAGAGGUGAUGCUUCAAUUCUAGUACAUAUAAUUUAGUGUCGAUCAAAACCUCCCCAUGCGGAGGUUCCAGGUGGUUCUCUGCAACCCCAUGGAAACUGGAGGAUCUGUCAGGUUUAGCAUGUGCUGGAAGAGGGCUGUAACAGGUUGUUCCAGUCAGAGCUGUCCUCCCAAACAGCUCCCGUGUCUCCAGGCUCAGUUCCUGCCUGGAUCUUCCCUCUCAGUCCCUUGUGCUGCCCCCACGCCCCUCUCUUCCCCCUCUGUGAAGCCCAGAUGGGUCUCAAGUGGGGGAGUUAUUCUUGCAAUAGCUUUUCCUGGCAAAAAUUCCCAUGGCAAGUGCAGAAUGGCCUGGCAGAUGGUGCUCAUGCAGGUGUGAGCACUGGGAAACUAAUUUUUCUCCCCUCCAUCAGGUUGGUGCUGUGAGGAACGGUGGAUAUGGCUGGGAAGUGUGUUACUGCAGGAGAAGCUCCUGCACCAGAGGAGCAGGGACGUGCAGGGAGAGCUGUGCAUUGGUAAUGUCAGGGAGCUGCUGCCGAGACAUGUUGUGCCAAGGAAACAGCCUCACCUGUGGGGCCAGAGGCUUUACAUGUUUGCCAGUGCAGAUGGAUGGAGUAGGGACAUUCAGGAGCUUGUCCAGUGCCACUGGGCACUAUCAGGGAAAUGUGUGACUGCUUUGGCUGCACAGUGUUGGCUGGAUGAGGGGUGUCCACCCACUGCUCCAAACCCAUCGUGGCCAGGAGCUCAUGCAGCACUGUGCCCAACCUGCAGCACAUGGCACAGGCCAGGAUCAUGGUUAUUCCAUGCCUUUCCAUAUCCUGUCAUGCUAUUGGCUAUGUGCAGCUGCAUACUUCAUGCCUAAUUAAGUAUCCUCAUUAACAUCCUUACCGCCCCAGCCUAUGUCAUUCCUGGAGCAUUCCCAUGUACUGUGGAUGUGGACACAGCAUGCAACCCCCCCAGUUCUUGGGGUCACCUUCCUUAUUGUGGGGCUUGCAGUCUCCACUGAUCCCUGAAGGUGUUUAUGAAUUGAAUUCUGAACCAACAGUUUUAAAACUCAUUUUUGCAGCAGCAUAUGGAUGUGAUAAUGUGCUUUGUAGGGGGAGCAUCCUCAGGGCACCCACGGCACCCCUGCCUGGACUUCAAGUGUGGCAGCAGAGUGAGGGAGGAAAGUCAGGAGGGUGACAUCAUCAUGUGCAUGCAUGGGCCUUCCAGGAGCCCUCCUGGAGAAGAGCCUUUGAUUAGGGCAAGAAUGAGGAGCUGAAGCUAAAUGAGCUCCCAGCUGGCACCAACAGCCGGGCGAUGGGUGAAGCUGUAGGAAAGCUGGGACAACCAGCCUCACAUCCCAAAUUACAGCUCUGUGCCCUCCUUGUUCCAUAGAGCAGAGCUCAGCUCUGCCUGUAAAUAGGCACUUCCAAGGAUGCUGCCCUCUACGACUGCUUCUGGAUUAAGCCUAUUCUUUGUCUUAUUAUUUUGAAGUCAUUAAAAAAUCUUGCUUUAACCCAGUUUUGAGGUUCCCUUUGAGUUGACCUUCCAGGGCUGGUGGGAGUUGAGGAGUUGCAUGCAUCCUACCUCGGGGGUAGGUCGGUAUUGCUGCUCCCUUUCAAAUGUAAACUUCAGCUUGCUUGCUUUAGCUUAGCCCAGCGACUCUCUGGCCCUGGCUCUGCAAUCCUGUCUCAUGGGGUUCGUUAUAUCCCUCCCAGGGCAUUCCUGUCCUCUUCGCAGUGGCUGUGCACCCGGCUGUGCACACGCACACAGAAACACAUUAGUGGAAACAAUAUAUGCACAUACACUCUGAUACCACUUGAAAUGAGUCAGGGAAUGGCUGUUUACGGUGCUAGAGAUUUCUUACUCUCCAUGCUAGGGACAAGAUGACAUAGUAAGACCAAUAAACUCCACCUUUGUAGUCAGUUGUCUUUAAGUAAAGCAGCAGAGGGGCACUGGCCCAUGCCUAUAUGUGGGUGCUCUGUGGUCCCCAGGGUGCAGGGAUGCAGGGGGCAGCUGGGCAUCCCUGGCAUCCCCAUGCCUCAGUUUCCCACACCCUUUGACAAGGGGACAUAGAUGCUCCCUCCCCACGGGGACCACGGGGGAGCCGAUGCCUCCACAUCUCUAAAGUGCUCUGAAAUGGGAAGUACCAAAGUACAGAGUCAGGAUAUGCAGCUGUGCACCCCGGGAGGAGCACCCCGGCCCGUGGCUGCAGGAGAGGGUUGGGAGAUGACUGUGUGGGCACAGGGCUGAGCUGUCAGCCCAGGGCUCAGCACUCUGGCUGCCCUGCAGGCAGGAUGUGCUCCUCCUGCCACAGCCGGGGUCACCCUCCCUUGCGCUGGGUGGGGAGCUGGCACAGUGUCACUGAAAGACUUUCCAUCCCUAACAGAGCCUUGUCCGGUUCCCUUUGGUCUGCCACGUGCAUUUCAUUGUCAGCUUGAGGUUGUUGUUGUGCAAAAGAAGUGAUCAUGAAAAAAAAUAAAGGAAAAAAAAAGAAAUAAAGUUGGUAUGAAACCGUAUGUGUCCAUCUCUCUCCAGAAAUGGGUUGUUUUAGUUCCAAGGCUUCUCUUUGUAUUGUGAGAAUACUAAUAAACAGCAUUAAACAGAAAAUUGACCUAAAGAUUUAACAAAAUAGACCCUAAUCCUCUGAAUCUCAGUGACUUUUUCACACAGUAUAAAAGAGGCAGAAAUUGACAGUUUAUCACCAUUCUCAG